UCCCAGUUUCUAAAGACAUUCCUUCUUCUCUAUUGGGCGGACACCACUAGAGGAAAGGAUAUUUCCUUUUCCGUUGCUUUGUUAAACUCUUCCUUUGAAUCGAGCUGCACAGCUGUUAAAGAAAACAGCUCAGCUCAGUUGGGGCUGGCAGCUGGAGGAAGAGGAUGUGCGUUAUCAACUCCAGGCAAACUGCAGCGACUACCCAGAAUCCAAGGCGCUAUCAUCCAGACUGGAGGCCAGAUGCAACCAGACACCUCAUGGGUUCCUGAGUCAAGCAGGAGCAGACAGAUCUCAGACAAAGGAGUAGAGACAGAGAUCCAUGAUGGAGCAGGAAGCAGCCCAAGGAAGGUGACAGCUACAUGUUUGUUUAGAGUGUUGGUGGAUCCCUGCAGCAUUGUACCAGGGUAUAUUUGUGUGUGCUCCCUCAUCCAGGAAGAAUGCAGUACAAGAGUUUCCAUCUGCAAUCCCAUUGAUAUCUUUCUUGUCAAGAUGAUGGUUACAGAUUUGAUAUAACUGCAAGGAGAACAUUCACAUGGAAAGCAUCAGAACAAAGCUACAAGCUCUUCUAGAAACACUAUCUUUGUAAAGAUAAAGCCCACAGAGAGAGUUGACAGGUGAAUUAUAUUUUGUACUCAGUUCUUUUUAAGUGGGAAAAAUUUUUUAAAAGUAACAAUGAAAUCAUGGAUAUUUUGUUUCUUUGUUGUGCUUGUUCUUAGUGUUUCAGUUUCAAUAGUUCUUUAUAGUACUAAUUCAUCUGAGCAAAAAUACCUUCGAAAGUUAAACUUCUCAUCAAGUUCUGUCUUAGCAGAAGCCUGUGAUGCACUUAUUGAAGAGAAGGCAUUUUUUGUACGAGAAAACACAUUAACAACAUCAUUCAGGAGAUUCAGUUGCACCAAAUACUUAAUUCAAAAUCAUUAUAUCACCAGUCCUCUCUCGGCAGAAGAAGCUGCCUUUCCUUUGGCUUAUAGCAUAACUCUUCAUAAGGAAUUUGAUACUUUUGAAAGACUUUUCAGGGCUAUUUAUAUGCCCCAAAACCUGUACUGUAUCCAUGUGGAUAAGAAAGCAACUACUGAGUUUAAACAAGACGUAGAGAAAUUACUGAACUGUUUCCCCAAUGCUUUUCUUGCCUCCAAAAUGGAGCUUGUGGUAUAUGCUGGAAUAUCCAGACUUCAGGCGGAUUUGAAUUGCAUGGAAGACCUUCUGAAGUCAGGGGUUCAGUGGAAGUACCUUCUCAAUGCAUGCGGACAAGAUUUCCCAUUGAAAACCAACAAGGAAAUAGUUCAGUACCUGAAAGGCUAUAAGGGGAAAAAUAUCACUCCUGGAGGCCUGCCCCCUGUCCAUAUUACCAGAAGAACCAAAUAUGUCUACAUGGAACAUGCAUACAAUUUCUUUUCUUUCAUGCUGUGGACCUUUGUACGAAAAACACCACCUCCACACAAUCUGACCAUCUACUUUGGCUCUGCUUAUAUUGCUGUCACAAGGGAAUUUACAGAGUUUGUUCUCAGAGACCAGCGUGCCAUUGAUUUAUUUGCAUGGUCCAAGGACACCUACAGUCCUGAUGAACAUUUCUGGGUGACACUCAAUUCAAUACCAGGUAUGUAUGACUUUCCUCCCGCUGUGUGUUUUCUAUCAACCUUUUGCCUAACAGACCUGCUAUCCUGCAAAGUGGUCUAUUUUAUUUUCUAUUAUUUAAUUACAAAUUGGGGGCAAAACCUUUAUUUGUAGGCAAUCAUAAAUAGACUAAAUAAAGGUGUGUGUUAUGUAUAAAAGGAGAAAGUAGCAUUAAUUGGGAUAGUUCACUUGUUAGAAAUUAAGCCAAUAUAACAUUUCAUAAAAUACAUAUUCUAGACACUUAUUAAUCAUAGCCUCUAUCCUGUAAUUGGAUCAGUCUAGGCAAUCCUCACUGGCUUCAGUAUGGCCUCUCUGUAGUUGUUAAGAGUCCUCUGCUGUACAUAUCUGAUAGGAGAGCAGGGACUUAAAUUUGAGUCUAACAUCAGCUUACCUAAACACAGCAUUGCAACAUGCUGCCAACUCUUUCGCUAGGGAAAAUUAAUUUUUGGUGAUGGGAGAAUUAAAUAAUGUUGCCCUUUUAAAAAUGGUUGUCAAUCACUGAUAAUUAUAACUGCGAGGGGAAACGGUUUCCUAUCAUUUUUGUAGCACAGGUGGGACAAAAUGGUUACUUUAUUGUAUUAAAGGAAUCAUGUUACAGCCCAGGUAAUGAUCUUACAUGGUUUUUGGGAGAAAGUCCUGUUCACACUACAAAUCCAAAAUUUGCCCCCAGCUAAGUACCAUAAUAAACAUCAUAAUAUAUACUAAUAAUGCUGCUUUUUAAGACACCAGGCAGACAACAGUGUAGAUGG